GCUUCCUGGGCCGCGGCGCGGCGGCGGGGGACGCAGAAGUCAACGCCGAGAACUGGCUGAGGCUCUAUGGCUACCUGCCCCAGCCGAGCCGCCACAUGUCCACCAUGCGCUCCGCCCAGAUCCUGGCCUCAGCCCUGGCUGAGAUGCAGCGCUUCUAUGGGAUUCCUGUCACGGGCGUGCUCGACGAAGAAACCAAGGCGUGGAUGAAGCGACCCCGCUGCGGGGUGCCGGACCAGUUUGGGGUGCACGUGAAAGCCAAUCUGCGACGGCGGCGGAAACGCUAUGCCCUCACGGGGAGGAAGUGGACCAACCACCACCUGACCUUCAGCAUCCAGAACUACACAGAGAAGCUGGGAUGGUACCACUCGCUGGAGGCAGUGCGAAGGGCCUUCCGUGUGUGGGAGCAGGCCACGCCCCUGGUCUUCCAGGAGGUGCCCUAUGAGGACAUCCGGCUGCGGCGGCAGAAGGAGGCCGACAUCAUGGUACUCUUUGCCUCUGGUUUCCACGGCGACAGCUCACCAUUUGAUGGCACAGGGGGCUUUCUGGCCCACGCCUAUUUCCCUGGCCCUGGUCUGGGCGGGGAUACCCAUUUCGAUGCAGAUGAGCCCUGGACCUUCUCCAGCACAGACCUGCAUGGGAACAGCCUUUUCCUGGUGGCAGUGCAUGAGCUGGGCCACGCCUUAGGGCUGGAGCACUCUAGCAACCCCAGCGCCAUCAUGGCGCCAUUCUACCAGUGGAUGGACACGGACACCUUCCAGCUGCCCGAGGACGACCUCCGGGGCAUCCAACAGCUGUACGGCACCCCGGAUGGCCAGCCACAGCCCACCCGGCCUCUCCCCACUGUGACUCCCCGGCGACCGGGCCGGCCAGACCAUCGGCCCCCCAGACCCCCCCAGCCACCACCCCCAGGUGGGAAGCCGGAGCGGCCCCCAAAGCCAGGCCCCCCAGCCCAGCCCCGAGCCACGGAACGGCCUGACCAGUACGGCCCCAACAUCUGCGACGGGGACUUUGACACAGUAGCCAUGCUGCGUGGGGAGAUGUUCGUGUUCAAGGGCCGCUGGUUCUGGCGGGUUCGGCACAACCGUGUCCUGGACAACUAUCCCAUGCCCAUCGGGCACUUCUGGCGUGGUCUGCCCAGUGACAUCAGUGCUGCCUACGAGCGUCAAGAUGGACGUUUUGUCUUUUUUAAAGGUGACCGCUACUGGCUCUUCCGAGAAGCGAACCUGGAGCCCGGCUACCCUCAGCCACUGACCAGCUAUGGCCUGGGCAUCCCCUAUGACCGCAUCGACACGGCCAUCUGGUGGGAACCCACAGGCCACACCUUCUUCUUCCAAGAGGACAGGUACUGGCGUUUCAAUGAGGAGACACAGCGUGGAGACCCUGGCUACCCCAAGCCCAUCAGUGUCUGGCAAGGGAUCCCUAACUCCCCUAAAGGGGCCUUCCUGAGCAACGAUGCAGCCUACACGUACUUCUACAAGGGCACCAAGUACUGGAAGUUUGACAAUGACCGCCUGCGGAUGGAGCCAGGCUACCCCAAAUCCAUCCUGCGGGACUUCAUGGGCUGCCAAGAGCACGUGGACACGGGACCCCGAUGGCCCGAUGUGGCCCGUCCGCCCUUCAACCCUGAUGGGGGUGCAGAGCCUGGGGCGGGCGGGGACAGCGAGGAGGGCGAGGAGGGCCGAGAGGCCGGCGCGGGCGGCGGCGAGGGGACAGACGAGGACGGGGGCAGCCGCGUGGUGGUGCAGAUGGAGGAGGUCGCGCGGACGGUGAACAUGGUGCUGGUGCUGGUGCCGCCGCUGCUGCUGCUGCUCUGCGUGCUGGGCCUCACCUAUGCCCUGGUGCAGAUGCAGCGCAAGGGCGCGCCCCGCGUGCUGCUGUACUGCAAGCGCUCCCUGCAGGAGUGGGUCUGACCUGCCGCCGCUCUCCUGCUCCUCUCGGUGCUACGGGCGCCGGGGCUGGCGGGGCCUGUGGUUCUCAGACGGCUCCUGGGGGCACCUGGCCAGAGCCUCCCGGGGCUCCUUCAGCCCCUGGGUGGGGGCCCCUCCGGGCCCUCUGACAUCCCUGCCAGCCCUGCCCUGUUGUUUAUUUAUGCCCAGGUUUUGUUGGUUGUUGUUUUUUUUUGUUUUUUUUGCACACUAAUUGAGUAUUUGUUUCUACUUUGCUGACCAGGAACAGCGGUCCCUCAGGGCAGGGGUUAGAGCUUUCUAAAUGUAGUUCUGCUCCGGACAGGGAGUGAGCCCCCCGCCCAACAACACCUCUGGCUUGGCCACAGCCAGAGGAGCAGAGGGUCAGAAGGCCCAGCUGGAAAGUGGCUAAAGGGUUUCUGAGGCUCCUUUCCGCCCCAGGCCCUCCUCAGCCUGAGCUGGCUUUGGAGACUGGUGGGGCCUGACUGGUCUGCACCCACCUGGAUCUCUGCCUUGGGAAGAGCUUUCACCCAGGGGCAGCCCCAGGCCACAGGGGACAGAAGGGUGAGGUGGCCGACUGGGCAUGAGUCAUGUGGAGUUUUGAUUCCUUCCCCACCCACCCCUCUCAACCCCUUACCCAGCUUCUCAUGCCUAAGACGCCUACUCUGGCCCUGGCCAGCCGAGCGGCCCAUAGUCCCCAGCUCCCACAUACCCCUUGAGCCCACAUCUCCUCCCCUCUCUGCAGAAGAGGCCCUGGGCCUGCCUUACCAAGGACCAAAGGGGGUCUGCCAAGGCCCCUCCACCUAGGGGCCUCACCCCCCAGGCUGGGCUUCCAGCCCCCAUCCACCCCUCUCUGAGCUAUGACCACCCUGGUCUCCUUUCCUGGGCUUCCUCCCACUCUCCUUCACCCACACCACCAUCCUCGGGGGUCUCGGAACCCCACCAACCUCAGGCACCAGCUGCCUGGCUCCUAGCUGUCCCAGGAAGACAGGGUGCUGCUGGGUGCCCACAGCCCACCAUGCACCAGGCUUGUGGGGUCCUCCCCUCCAGCUCCCUGUCCACCAGGGCUCUGGGAAGAUGGACACUGGUGGAGAGAGGCCAGCAGCUCAUCCCCUCAUGCAGACUUGUGGGAUGUGGCUGUGGAGCCCCCAAAGGAGCCACUGUGGUCUGGAGACUCCCCUUCUCCUUGGCUCAGCCCCAAGGGCAGGGAUGCCUCCUCCUUCUUUUCCUUCCCAAAGUAAGCAGGAGGCAAGGCUGCUGUGGAAAUGGUACUGUACAGCCGGCUCCUUCCCCUCCGCUUCCCCUCAGCCCUGAGCAAGCGGGUUCGCCACCCAGACCCCUGAGGCCCCUGGAGGGAGAGGCAUCUCAUGGGCUGGCCUGAAGCAGGCUCCGGCGGCUUGCUCCCCACUCUGUCCUCAGACCCAGAGAGCCAGCCAAGGGAUGAGGGGUGGAGGGCAGUGUCCACCCCCAUACAGUUUUCUGUAAAUACUUUGCACUGAUUAAAUUGUACAGCCGGCAAGUGUGGCCUCCUUUGUCAGAGGCCCUGGGCUGGAGCCUAAGGCUGGAGGGACUGCGGGGGACAGGAGCUGCUAUUAGGGCACUUGCCCUCCAUGCGGAAGAGACCUUAUUCCCAGUUCUACAGGGUUCCUUCCCAGUGGCCCUGGGAGGGGCAGAGCUCAGAGGAAGAGUGAGGGGUGGUGACUGCCCUCCACAGACCAGAGGCAAUUGGGGCAGGGGACCAGGGUUGGCCCUGCUGAGGUGAGGCAGAGAAAGAACGCAGAAUUUACUGGACAUUCAUGCACAGUGAGAAAGGGCAUCUCAGCUUCCCACACGCAGUACAUGUCUAGGAGGGGUGGGAACACCAGGCCAGGCCGGCCAGCCCUCCUUCCACCCACCCAGACUGGGUUCUGGGUGGCCUGAAGACCCAGCUUUGAGGCAAGAGACUGGAAGUGGUACCAUUUUGGAUUUGGAAAGGUCCCCUUAGCACAUGCUUUGCUGCAGGGAGGGGGCACCCAAGAUGUGCCCUGUCAUCUUUGAAGAAGCAGGAAAUCUCACCCUGGGCAGCCUGCAGAUGAGGCCCAGGAGAGCAGGAGACUGAAGCUUUACUGCCCCUGGGGUCUGGGCAUGGCUGGCAAGCCUUGGACCCCACAUGCAUCCUCUCGGCCAAGCUAUUGGGCACUGGCCUGCACCCCCAGAAAUGCAAUGGUCAGCUGUAGUGGGGUUCCACCCCAACCAUGGAGCAGGCCAAGCCUCUACAAUAGCUGGGGCAGGGUCCUUCAACCUGUUCCAGGCCCCACCCUCCCCUCAGCUGCACACCUCCUUCCCAGCCCCCUUGAUCCCACCCUUUCCUCUCUUUGUGUUGAAAACUGGCUGAGGAGAGUAGGAAAUGCUGGCCCUCAGAAGCCCCAAAGGCCUCUCAGGCUCAGCUAGGAAAUGGCCCGUGAGCCCCCCACCACUACCACAGGGGCCUUGGCGGGCAGCAUGGAGGUCCAGGGCAGACACCAUCUUGUCAGCUUUCUUGUGGCAGAAGCCACAGGGCCACACCCAGGUCUGCCUUCUGCCUGAAGCCUUAGCCUCACCCAGAAGCCCAGAGGUCACCAGGCAAGUGGGAGCACAGGGACGAAAAAGGAGAGGAUAUGAGACCUCUCACCGAGCUCUUCCUCAGAACCCGGGCCAGGGAAGAGACUUGGCAGAGAAGGCCUCGGCUUCUCAGGAAAUCGCCCGAGGAGACUUCCACCCCCAAGCUCUCUGGUAGAAUCUCAGAGCAGCCCAGCGGCUGAAGGAACAGCCCAUCUGGUGAGCCCGCGGGUGUGAAGGUCUCUGAGGUUUGGGUGUCAGGCCUUAGCCCUGCCUCCCCCAGCCCCAGAGAGCCCUGCCUUGCGACUUGACACCCCCCGUGCCCUGCCAGGAUCAACUGGAACCUGCAUCUUUAAAUUGGUUUUGCUUAAUGUGGCUGCACCUAGACUCACCAUGGGCUCCACAGCCCCCGCCUUGCUGAUUCCCAAGUAAGAUCAUUAAGACUUAACAGAUACACAAAAAGAAGCAAAAAGAGGAGUCAUCUCAUUCCCCAGGCCAGUGUUGACAGUUUGGCGUGUUUCUUCCAGCCUUUUUUCCUCUUAUUUGCACAGCUUGGGGUUUUAGAGUCUAAAACAUCCUGGGCUUUGGCCCCAUGCCCCCGGUGCUUACAUCUCAGAGGAGGGAGUAACGCGACCUGCCGCAUGGGCCACUGUGGGGGUGAACGGAGGAUGGGUGGCUGUACUGCGCCAGCCACGGUGCCUGGCACUCGGCAAGUGCUCGAUGGGCGACCACGACCCCCGUCGACUUGCACACUCCCCCACUUAACAUUUUACUCAUGAGAAAAGUGGGGCUCAGGGAGGUCAAGUGACUGGGCCAAGGUCACACAGCUAGGACAUGGCCACGAUAGAGACAGGAGAAGAACACAGACAGAUUGACUUGCACAGCAGCUUGGCCCCAGCUCACCCUGCUGGAGCCUGCUGGCGCUGCUGGAGAAUAGAGACAACGAUGAGGAGGCCCCUGCCCACCCUGGUCUUCCCUCCCCACACAUUCUAGGCCUCGAAGACCCCAGGGCCACCAACAGAGCCCCCUUUCAGGCUGGGGCAGGGGCCAAGCUGGCCGCUUCCUCCCCCUCUGACUUGGCAGAAAAGCCUUUUUGUUGUGGCUCACACAGAGGCCAUUCUCUGGCUCACGGGAAGGAAUGGCUGGCUUCCUGUCCAUCCACAGCCUCCCAGACUACAGUGGACUCCUCCACAUAGGUCCGAUGUCCAGUCCUGCCUCUGGGGCCCAAGGCUGCCAGGCUUUACCCUCCAAUUCGUGACACCACACGAGGGGGUAGGGGUCAGCCACCCCUCGGCUCUCUCAGAAAAUGCCAGAGAUUCCAGGCCUCAAGGCACCUGCAGGGCACAGUAGUACCACACUCACCCCACUGCUCAAGUGGUUUUGUGACCCACAAAACACUGGUAGAGGCCCCUGCCUGGCUGCUAACCCUGUCCCAGCUGUCCCCUGCCCUGGCUUGCCUCUAUGCCUUUGUUUAUGCUGUUCCCUCCUACUGGAAAACCCUUCCUUGCACAUUUCAUGCUGUCUCAAUUGUAUAGAUCCUUCAAGGCCCAGAUGAAGGCUUGCCUUUUCCAGAUUCCCACCCUCCCUCCUCAAAAUAGUUGAGUUUCCUUCCUCCUCUGGCUCACCCAGCAUCCAUGUCCUGACCAUUCCUUGUCUUCAAGCUUAGCUGGCCCAUUUUUUUUUUUUUAAUUAAAAUUCUAGUUAGUUAACAUACAGUGCAAUAGUGGUUUCAGGAGUAGAAUUCAGUGAUUUAUCACUUACAUACAACACCCAGUGCUC